AUUCGGGGCAACUCGGCUUUAGACCGUCGUAGCUGCAUAACCCUGGGUCGAAAUCACAUUUUGAGCUGCCAGCGGUGUUCAUCUUCACCCUGUGCAUGGGCGCGAAUCGAAAAACAGCGCUCGUUUAGCCGUUCAAGGCGCCGAGAUCGACCUUGCCUGGUCGAGCGCUUCUCCAGCUCAAGACGCGUUCUCACACAGGCAGCGGAAGGAUGAAGAGCGCGCUCGUCCUCGCCGCGGCGGCCAACGCGCUCGUCGCGCCGUCGGCGCCGGCCGCGUCCACGGUCGUCAGGCAGGCCGGGAAGGUCAUCCAGACGCCGCCGAUCUUAACAAGAGACGACGGCCUCGAGACGCGGCCCAUGGCCGCGGACAUGCCGGGUAUUGGGCUCGAGUUUGGGGGGAAGAUCUUUGACCCCAUGGGCUUCGCCACCUUCUCCGACGAAUCAUUGAUCUGGUUCCGGGCCUGCGAGCUCAAGCACUCGCGCGUCGCCAUGCUCGCCUGCGCUGGCUGGAUCGUGAACGGCCUCCACUUAAGCUUGCCGGGCACGAUCGAUUACUCGACGAAGUUCAGCGACCUCGCCGCCAAAAAACCGCUCGACGCGUGGGCCGCCGUGCCGGUCGGCGGCAAGCUCCAGAUCCUGGGCUGGAUUUUUUGCGUCGAGUGCGCGUCGGAGAUGCAGAAGCCGCACUACCUGAAGGGCGGCGAGUUCGUGACCUACGACUGGGCGAACCUGUCGGGCGCCAUGUCGCCGGAGUCGCUCAAGCGCAAGCAGGAGGCCGAACUCAAAAACGGGCGCCUGGCGAUGAUCGGCUUCAUGUCGUUCCUCGCGGCGAACAACAUCGAGGGGUCCGUGCCGAUGGUCCCGCACUCGGAGGCGGCGAAGAGCAUCCUCGGGCUCUGAGUUGUUGGGCUUUCUUGUGGGUAAGGGGCCUCUCUAUA